UCUGUGCAGAGAAGACCUACUGUGUUGAUCUCAAACUUCAACAAAAUAAACUAGAUUACUGCGAUUCAUCUUGACGCAAGAUCAAAGCAAUGUCGUGUGUGCCGGCAGAAGAAGACGAUUAUGACUCAGAAGAUGGAUACUUUGACAACGAUGAUUACUCCUAUGAUAUUAAUAAAAGAAAUAUGACAUUGAAUAGCCCUACAACUGCGACUACAACUUCUACAACACAAGUUGAUGAAGUUAAUAAAGACAUUCACAUUGGUCAGAAGAAUGGAAAUCAAAAUGGAAAUCAAAAUAUUAAUAAACAGGAUCAUUUUCACAAUUUUAAAAGUCAAGAAAAAACUUUUGUACCUGUACAUACAAAACAUGUAAACAUUGUUCGUCAAAGAGAGGUAUCAGCUUCACACAAUGGGAAAAACUUAUCAAGACCAUUUUACUCAAAUAUUUUUUCUAUGGAAGAUCUGAAGACAGGAGUUGUUAAAGGGGACUUAGAACUAGUAGAAAAGUGCCUAAAUCAAGCCCUACCAAUCAAUGAGCCAUACAAAAGUGGAUGGUCAGCAUUAAUGUAUGCAGCAAACUAUGCGCAUCCGAAAGUUGUACAGUGUUUACUGGACAGGGGUGCUGAUCCAAAGUUUCACCAUGAUAUGUUUACACCUCUAAUGGCUGCUUGCUCAUCAAGUUAUUCAGAAAAUUUAGACGAUGUAACAGAAUGUGUUAAAAUACUGCUUGCGACAGGUGCUGAUAUUAAUGCAAAAGACAGACUUCACGCAACACCUUUGAUGUUGGCUAGCAGGGAGGGCCACCACGCUGUAGUGAAAGAACUAAUCAAAAGUGGAGCUGAUAUAAAUAAACAAGAUACUCGAGGGUGGACUGCACUGACUUGGGCAGCACAACGGGGACGUGCAGCUGUGGUCAUUGAGCUGCUAGAAUCAGGUGCUAACCCUAAUAUCCAACACCAUGAUAAACUAACUGUCAAAGACUUGGCUGCUAAUUUACCUACAAAUGAGAUUCUAUCUCUGCUUGAGCACGGGUCAAAAAGUGUAACAAAUGCAGCAGGAGAUUCAGGAAAAGACCAGGCAAAAAAUAGCACCACACCCACCACCAAAACAUUUGAUUGUGGAGAUGAACUGCAUCAGUCAAAAUUCACAGAUCUGAGGUAUGGAGAAUUAGAAGUUUUCCUCUUGGGACUUGAACUUCCCCACUUAAUCUCAGUGUUUCAAGAACAACUGAUUGAUCUAAACCUGCUCAUGACCUUAACAGAAGAUGAUCUUAUCAAGGCAGGUGUGGAGCAAGUGGGUGCUAGAAAAAAAAUACUAGACGCUGUUCAAGCUGUCCACAAGAAAGACUGGGAGCCCUCUAGUCUUGUUUCUAUUCAUUACAAUAAAAAGAUCAACUGUGCUGAUGCAGUUGCCAUGAUGGCCAACACAUCCAAACACCUCCGCUACAUCGGCAGCACAGUUGUUUAUGUGAGGGAGCACCUUAAGAAACACCCGGACACUGUCACACUCCCAACGGACAGAGUCUCACCUAGUCAGCUAAAGAGACAUGUUGUUGACACACUGAAAAAUGUUGAAGCUUUGAGGUCACAGCUGGCAUCUUUACAGUCAGAGUUAACUCAGGAAAUGAAGAAAAGAAAGUUAGAUCCCCCAGAUCUUGUUGAGAAACCCACCCUCAAGAGAAGUAAAACACAGAAAAUAAUAAUUGCAUCAGUUGUGCUUGUCUCAUCCUGUGUGGCUGUCUACAUUUGGCACAGUAGAGAGACCCUCAUCUCCUUCAUUCCAUCUAAAAUUAAUUCUCUCUUAAACUUUAACAUUAAAACAUAACAUUGACAUAAGAUCUAUUAUAACAUUAACCCACAGAAUCUUAUCUAAUGUGAUGUGCUAGCUAAAAUUAAGACUAGUGGAGGUUAAUAACUAAUAGCACACACUUCAAUACUUUUUAUAAUUAGAUUAUGUAUAAGAAAACUUUAUUAGU